AGUUAUUAGAGAACUGCAAAAUAACUUUUAUUUAUAUUUUAAGGUUCACUCUAAUUUUAAUACGGUUAAUAUUGCCGGAAUAAAUGAUAUUUUAGAAAUAAUUGUUAUAUUUUUGUAAUUACGAGUAUUAAUAAUUUUAUUUUUGUAAUUAUGCAUAUUAAUUGUCAAAGCACUUCGUUUUGAUCGUAUUCACAACUUUGUUAUUGGAUUCACUAUUGUUUUGCUUUAUUCAAUAUGUUGUCAUUGUUUUCAAUAUCUUGUUAUGACAUUCACCAAUACUUUUUUAUCAUAUUCAAUCUUUUUUUACAUUUAUUCACUAUUUUUUUUGCAUUUUUCAUUAGGGUUUUUAGUUUAUGGAAAAGUUUUUGAUAUUAUCUAUUCAAUGGUGAUUGAUCUUAUUGAUGCACUUUUUAUUGAUCCAAUUUAUGCGAGAUUUCUUGAGUGUAUUCACGCUUUUCUUCUCAGAUUAAAUCUUUUCGUAUCGUCGUCAAUGAUUUUUUACUCUAUUCAAUACAUUUUUAUCAUAAUCAAGAAUUUUUCACGGUAUUCGUAUUCACGAUUUCUUUUAUUUUAUUCAAUAGGAUUUUUACUUUAUUCGAGUUCCAGAUUUUUUUCUCUUAUUGAAAAUUUUUUUUUUCCAAAAGGAGGAACAAAAAUACCAUGAUGCAAAAUUGGAUAGAUAACUCCUUUCAGGCGGAAUUCGAACAAGAGUCUUAUUUUGGCAGUCUUGGUGAAAAUAGUACGAAUCCCAGUUCUGGCGGGGAUCGAUACCCUGAAGCUCUGAUCAUUAGGGAUAUCACCGGAAAAACAUCUGCCAUCUAUUUUGAUAUUACCGAUGAUAUUUUGGAGAAUGAUCCCCAUCAAACUAUUCUUCUUAGUCCAAUUGAAAAUGAUAUUUGGACCGAAAAAGAUGUAAUUAUUGACACUUAUAGGUAUAUUAAUGAGUUGAUUUUUUGUGAUGAAAAAUCCCAGCAAAAACAAAAAGACCGCACGGAAUUUAUUAAAAAAGAACAACUUCAGCUGAUAAGCAACCGAAAUCCAGAUCAUUAUAGGAAUUUGUGGAAUCAAUGUGAAAAUUGUUUUAUUCCAAAUUAUAAAAAGGUGUUGAAAUCCAACAUGCAAAUUUGUGAGGAAUGCGGAUCUUAUUUUAAAAUGACUAGUUCAGAUAGAAUAGACCUUUUAAUUGAUGAAGGGACGUGGAAUCCUCUAGAUCAAGACAUGGUUUCUCUUGAUUCCAGUGAAUUUGAUUCUGAAGCGGAAUUGGAAUGCUACGAGGACAAUAUUAAGGAAUGGAAUGAGGAAAUGUGUCAGGCUUUCAUGCGCAAAUUAUCCAAGGACUUAAAGGAAGGCCAGGCACUGGAAAGAACUGCCAACUUAAUUGAGGAACCUUGGCUCCCAGAAUACAUUCAACCCGAGGAGAAAGUGGAGGAAUGGACGAAACCAGACCUGGAUGAGGGCGAGGAAUCACAGGAUGAAGAGAGAUGGAUAUGGGAACUGGAUAAGGGCGAAGAAUCGCAAGAAAUUGAAGAUUCCGAGGCAAACGAAGAAGAUGAUGAUGACGCCCCUUAUGUAGAGCGUCUAGCUUUUUAUAAAAAAGAAACAGGCUUACUUGAUGCUGUUCAAACAGGCGUAGGCCAACUAAAUGGUCGUCCCGUCGCACUUGGGGUUAUGGAUUUUCGGUUUCUGGCAGGUAGUAUGGGAUGCGUAGUAGGAGAGAAAAUAACUCGGUUAAUUGAGUACGCUACCAACAACUUAUUACCUCUUAUUAUACUGUCUGCUUCUGGAGGUGCCCGUGUUCACGAAGGAAGUUUAAGUUUGAUGCAGAUGGCUAAAAUAUCUGCUGCUUUAUAUGAUUAUCAAUCAAAUAAAAGAUUAUUUUAUAUAUCAAUUCUUACAUCACCGACAACGGGUGGAGUGACAGCUAGUUUUGCUAUGUUAGGUGAUAUUAUUAUUACCGAACCCGGUACUUUUGUUGCAUUUGCGGGUCCAAGAGUAGUUCAACAAAUAUUAAAUGAAACUAUCCCCGAGGAGGAACAAGAAGCUGAAGCUUUAUUUGAAAAAGGUUUUUUUGACUUAAUUGUACCCCGCCAUCUUUUAAAAAACGUUAUUAGUGAGUUAUUGAAUCUACAUGCGCUUUGAAUGAAAAUAAAGUCCCGGAGUCUUUUUCUAAAAAUUUCCCUAUAUAAAAUAAAAGAUACCCCGUAUUAGGCCAGGGAUCAUAAUUAAUUGGAAUGGUUUCUUUACAUAAAUUUAUUAUUUGAAUACUGCUCUAAAUACUGCUCUAAAAAAGGUUACCCUAAAAUUUUGUGGAUCAAAGGGGUAUACAGUUUUUGAAAAGUGAAACUUUAAUCUGAAUUGCAUUUUUAUUUUAGAUCUAACCAAGUUGAUGAAUUACUCCGAAGCAUUUCCAGAAAACUAGUGCUAAGUUUUAGAAACCUAGUACUAGUUAAAUGGG